AGACGACGGUGGAAUAGCCAUGGAGAUCGAAGAGAUAGAGACAGCGAAGAAGCGAUGCAAAUCGGUUAUAAGGACGAUAGAGAAGCUUCCGAUAUCAACAGCCAUCACUGCUUCGUGCCGUCGCACUCUCCUUAAGCUCGCUUCCUCUGAGCUCUCCUUCCUCUCGACUCUCUCUUCCGAUCCUUCUCCACAGCCUCUCAGUGUCAACAUUGGCCAUAUUGAAUCAGUUGUACGCAUUUUGCAGCUUCCGUCAAUCACCGGCGUUUCGCGCGUUUGUAAACCGAUUCCUCUUCCGAUUGGUGGCGUUCAUGUUGAUCUCGUAUGUACUCUCGGGAAGGUUCCUGUAUGGAUCAUAGUCUCCGAUAGAAACCCUAGGUAUAUCUCCUGGAGUGGAGAUCGCCAUGGAAGCAAAGGUUUAAGUUUGAGAAUCGAACAGAUUCUCGCCGCUGCUCACUCCUCAACCACGCUUAAACCUUCUUCGGUGAUUCUCUUCUUCGCAAAUGGUCUGCCUUCUUUAAUUUACGAGAAACUGAGAGACGAAUUUGGGGCUGUGUAUUUCAAUUUCGAUGUCGGUUCGGAUUUCGAGUGCGACGAAACGGUGGAAGGAGAAUGGGUUCACGUCGUGCGAACCAGAUCGUAUAAAGAAGCAGUUUCUGUUGAGAUCAAGCUCAUAGAUCAUCAAUGUGAUUCACCCUCUACUGAACCUGAAGUUGUAGUUCAAGCAGAGGUCCCAGAGCUAAGCCAAAAAGAAGUUGCUUUCUCUUCUGUAAUCUCCUCCAUGAGAUUGCUCGGCGAAGAUUGCUUUAUUAAUUUCGACACAACAGCUCUUGUUGCUCUUGUUUCUGGAAUCAGCAACGGGUGUGCUGAGCGAAUCGUUGAUAUGCCUGAGACCGAGUUAGAGGAAAAGUUUAAGGGAAACACUGUUUUUGUGAUUGCUCAGGCGAGAUCUGAAAUUGAGAACCCUGUUCUAGUCAAAAUGAGAACUGUAGUAUCAGGGAAGCGAGGGAUUGUAUGCGAGAGUGUUCUUUCAGAGUUCAAGGAGCUAGUGUCCAUGUACGCUGGACCCAAUGAGAAACGCAGAGCUGAACAGUUGUUGAAGAGCCUAAUGGUGGUGAAUGACAGUCCCACAGAUCGUGUGAAGAGCCUCCCAACGACGAGAAAAUUAGCAAUGAAGAACAAGACUGUGUUUGGGACAGGUGAUAGAUGGGGAGCUCCGACAUUGACUGCCAACAUGGCGUUUGUCAGAGCAGUGGCUCAGUCAGGCAUGUCUCUCUCAACUAUCGACCAUAGCCCUCGAGCUCUCACUGGUGAUUAGUUAGUUAAACUUCUACCUAUUCUGUAGUUUUGUAAGUUCUAAAGACCAAACCAUGUACUAGGUAAAACAAAACAAAAAGCUGAACCUACCAGUUAGCUUUGUCUGGUGUAGAUUGUGUUCAAGUUAAUAACAAUGAAUGUGAAGCAGAAAGAA